GACGCGCGUGCAGUUACCACUGGCGAGCUGCUACUGUCAUUAAAAGUGUCAACUUUUGAGUCACCGUCUGUGCAAAGUGUCGGAAUAGCUAGUAGCCUACAGGAGCUACCAUACAGGAGAAACACGUAUUUUUUUCACCAUGAAACUUACAAAGAGCUUAUUAAAAGACUUGGUGUUCAGCAUGAAUUUUAGCAGAACUGGAUACAAAACAAACCGGAGCGUGGCAGUGCAUGAGAAGAUGGCGUGGCGGCGGCUCUGUGGUUUCAGGAAGCAAAGCAACAGAGCUCAAGGACACUUCAGCUGUCCAGUGGACAGCAAGUGAGACCUUCCACAUUGGACUCCAGUUGAGGGACUUUCAAAUCUGUCCAUAUGGAAGGUAAUUAAAAUGAUGAUGUUGCAAGCAAGGAAACAGAACUCUCUCGCUAUGCUGUUUCAGCACUUGACCAGCACAAGCUACAUGCAUUUGGACUGGUAAAAAAUGAAAGCUCCCAUUCCUCUUUUGAUCCUGCUUCAUGCCGUUGUGGUCCAUUGCCUGAAAGUGGUGUCGAAGAGAGGCUCAGUGGAAGGCUGCACGGAUUGGUCAGUGGACUACCUGAAAUAUAAAGUGCUUCUUGGGGAACCUGUCCGGAUUAAGUGUGCUUUGUUCUAUGGAUACAUCCGGGCCAACUACACCCAUGCACAGAGCGCAGGACUUAGCCUUAUGUGGUACAAAAGUGCAGGACAUGGUGACUUCGAGGAACCCAUCAGUUUUGACGGAACAAGGAUGAGCAAGGAGGAGGAUGCCAUAUGGUUUCGACCGGCAGAGUUGGACGACGUGGGGUACUAUUCCUGCGUAUUAAGGAACUCCACUUACUGCAUGAAGGUGUCCAUGUCUCUCACAGUGGCGGAGAAUGACACAGACCUCUGCUACAACUCCAAAAUGAGGUUCUUUGAGAAGGCAGAACUAAGCAAAAGCAAAGACAUCAGCUGCAUGGGCAUUGAGGAUUAUCUGCAGCCAGGAGUGGAGCCUGAGAUUGUGUGGUACAAGGAAUGCAAGCCAAAGCAGUGGAGACAAACCAUAGAAAGGAGGAGGGACACUCUAUCCAUCAAGGAAGUACGGGAAGAUGACAUUGGGAAUUACACCUGCGAAUUACAGUUUGGGAACUUUGUGGUACGGAGGACGACUGAGCUAUCCGUCACAGCUCCCCUGACAGACAAGCCGCCAAAAAUCCUUUCCCCCUCGGAGAGCCAAAUGAGCGUCAUAGAGAUGGCAAUAGGAAGUCCUGUCAACCUGACAUGCAGAGCAUUCUUUGGCUACAGCGGAGAUGUCAGUCCACUUAUUUACUGGAUGAAGGGGGAGAAGUUCAUUGAGGAUCUGGAUGAGGAGCGGGUUCAGGAGAGUGACAUCAAGACAAUCCGGGAGCACCUGGGGGAGCAAGAGGUUUCCAUCUCUCUGACCAUAGACUCUCUGGAGGAGAGCGACCUGGGCAACUACUCUUGCUAUGUGGAGAACGGCAACGGGAGGCGACAGGCCAACAUCCAGCUCACCAAGAAAGCAGAGCUGAUGUACACGGUGGAGCUGGCCGGAGGUCUGGGAGCCAUCCUGAUGCUGCUGAUCUGUCUGGUGACGCUGUACAAGUGCUACAGGAUUGAGCUCAUGCUCUUCUACAGGAACCACUUCGGCAGUGAGGAUAUAGAUGGAGAUAACAAGGACUACGACGCUUACCUGUCCUACACUAAAGUGGACCCAGACCAGUGGAGCCAGGAGACCCGAGAGGAGGAGCGCUUUGCCCUGGAGAUCCUCCCCGACGUUCUGGAGAAGCAUUAUGGGUAUAAACUCUUCAUUCCAGACAGGGACUUGAUCCCCACAGGAAGUUUCACCAAUGAUCAUUUCCAGGAUGACACAAGACUACUUAGAGCCUACAUCGAGGACGUAGCACGCUGUGUGGAUCAGAGCAAGCGCCUCAUCAUCGUCAUGACACCCAGCUACGUGGUGCGGAGGGGGUGGAGCAUCUUUGAGCUGGAGACGAGGCUGCGCAACAUGCUGGUGACCGGCGAGAUCAAAGUCAUCCUGAUCGAGUGCGCCGAGCUGCGCGGCAUCAUGAACUACCAGGAAGUGGAGGCCCUCAAACACACCAUCAAGAUGCUGACAGUCAUCAAGUGGCGCGGGCCGUCCAGCAACAAGCUCAACUCCAAGUUCUGGAAGCAGCUGCUCUACGAGAUGCCCUUCAAGCGCAUGGAGCCCCUGAGCAUCUCUCACGAGCAGGUGCUGGACGUCAGCGAGCAAGGCCCCUUCGGUGAGCUCCAGACCGUCUCGGCCAUCUCCAUGGCGGCAGCCACCUCCACCGCCAUGGCGACGGCACACCCGGACUUGCGCUCCACCUUCCACAACUCUUGCCACACCCAGAUGAGGCAGAAACAUUAUUACCGUAGCUACGACUACGACCUGCCGCCCGGCGGUACGCUCCCGCCACUCCCACCGCUCUCCACGCUCUCCACGCUAGGCAGCCAGCACACCUACUGCAACAUCCCCAUGACGCUCAUCAACGGACAGCGGCCGCAGUCCAAGUCGCCGCGCCAGCAAAGUCUGGAGGAGGCCCACGGCAACAACGCCAUGCUGCCUCUGCUGCCCAGAGAGACCAGUAUAUCCAGCGUCAUCUGGUGACAGAGACGGCGCCGAGCGGGAUAGACUGUGGAUCUAUAUGAUGUCCGUCGCAGGGAGGACUCACCACUGGCACUUGGACCCUGAAUGCACCGGAGCCAGAUGGACCUGAAUGGCACUGAAGUACUUGCUGCUGUUGAAUUUGCACCAGGAAAC